GCUCACUGUUAAUGUACGCCUGCAGGGUGGGAUGAAUACUGAAAUGUAACCUUCCUAUUGUAGUUUGCAAUGUCAGGCUGUACGGAGCGGGCAGAAAAAGCUGAAGGAGCUACAUGAGGUGACGGCUUCUGUUUUUCAAGAGCAACGUCGUGCUGAGCUCACAUGAACCGCUUGUCAUCUGAAGGUCAUCCCCGAGCGCGUGUUUGGCAGUGCGCCCGGCUUGUCGGCGGAGUGGUGGUGUGGCCCUGGGGCCGUGGGGGCUGCUCCUGAUGGUGCCGACUGCUUGCAGGCUCAGGCUCGGCCCCGGAGAGAGCUCGGAGGAGGACGGGGGUGUCCGGCCCGCGGCUCGGGUCCUGCAGGGCGGGAUGGAGGCCACUGCGGCCCCGGCCGCCGCCGCCCCCGCCAGCCCCUCGCAGCUCUGGAGACUGUCGGGGCGCCGGAGCCGCAAAGCUGCCUCCCCCGACAUCUUCAGGGGCGUCCACCUGCGGCAGCUGCAGCGCCUGUUCCGGCGGUCAGGGGACCAGCAGGCCGAGCAGCGGGCGCAGCUGGUGUGGGGGCGCAGCGACGCGGCGGGACUGGCGCAGGCGCUCACCAGGCUGAGAGGGAGGAGCCGCAGGAGCAAGCGGGGGCCCGAGGGGGCUCUGGGGCCUAAGUGGCUCCACGCCUUUGGGCAUCUGAGAAUCAAUGAAGAUCCUGCAGGGAGGGCCACUGAAGAUGAUGUGGGAGAAUCGGAGACUGAGUUGACAAGCUCCAGCUGCACAGACACAACUGCAGACUUGUCCUCUGCUGGCCAGAAGGACAAGCCGCCUGCUGACAGGCACUUGGGUUUGGAGAGGCAGCAGACAGCCAGCCUUCUCAGAAACAGGGGUGGUGCUGUCAAGCAGGAAGCCAAACGAGACCCUGAGAGAUACCUCCAUCGCAUCUUAUACUGACAGCUGAUGUCUCUGUCACAACACACAGUGGCUGCAGGUGAGAUUGUAUGGGACAUCAGCCAUGUGAUGUUCAUUGAGGUCAGAGGCAAAGAACGGCAUUCUCUACAUCUGGACUGAAAACCAAUGACAGAAUAAAAUCUUAAAAUCACUUCUUCUAUCCUCAGAUGAUCUCAGAAAAUGAGCCUCUUUUUUUAACAAUGUGUCAUGUAAGGGAAGGUUCGGAUGGAAUGUAAACACUAUACAUUUGAAUUGUUCUGUACUUAAAGUUAAAAUUAAUGACAAUUUAGAAAAGGUGAUGUUUUAUACCAGUUAGUGUAACACUACAGUUUUGCUUUAUUUUCAAUUUCUUGGUUCAGUGACAUUCAGUAAAUUUCCCAAUUAUAAAAUAUAGUACAAUACUUGUCUCACUAAUAGAUUGUACACCAAAUAACUUAUGUUUAGCUGUUGUAACCAAUUUAAUUAAGAAAUGCGAGCCAGAUAUUAAUACAGGCUUUUUGACUUGUAUCCUGUUAUAUAGCUGCUUGUUUGGAGCUUUUUUUCUGCUCAAACAUUGAAGAUCUUGUGUUUCUUAUGAAACGAUAUACAGUAUUUAAAAUGCACCUCUUACAUGUUCUACUCCACUUCUACAGUGAAGACGUUUCCCUGUCAGCUCUCAUUUCAACCAAAGGAUAAUGUCACUUGAAUCGGAGAAAUAACCUCGUACUUGAAAUUGAAAUACAGAACUGUUCAUAUAUCAUAUUGAUUUUUUUAUUUAAGUAUGUAGUGGACAGUGUUUUGCAAUAAAAACCUAUUAAACCAUAUAGAAUAAAUUAGUUUUGUUACUAUAUGUGCAAAACACAGUUCUCUUUGCACCACUAGCAUUUUGGGAAUGUUGCUUGCUUCGUUAGUGUUUAUUUACACUUUUCAUGAAUUGCAUUAUGUCAAAUGGUUACCAUAAGCUGACUCUCAAUUUGUAUCUUGUAGCAAAAAAAUCAGAGAUGAUAGAAAUUGUUGUUUUCUAAUUUUUGUAACUAUCCUAAUGCAUACAUCUUCAACUGUAGUGUUAAAAGUGUGUGUUGCCACGUCAACCGAUGAGGUCAGAGAAUAAAAUGAACUCUGCUGCGCCAUCUGGUGGACAGAAAAGAUUUUGGCAAAA